CGCGGGCGGAGGAGCCGCCGGGCCGAGCCCCCCGCGCCGUUCAGUGACUGUGCCCCCCGUUCUCCACCCCCCCGCCCGUUGCCCAUGGCCGUGGAGAGCCCGAGUGUCCCCCCCGCCGCCGCCGCCUCCCCCCCCAGCCCGCACUGCACCCCCCCUUCUCCGUCCUGCCACGGCAGCUGCAGCCUCCCCCGGCCGCCGCCGCCGCUCCAGCACGGCCCGGACGAAAGGGAGGAUGGGGAGCUGGAGGAGGGGGAGCUGGAGGACGACGGGGGGGAGGAGGAUCAUUCCCAAUCCCAAUCCCAGGAGAGGGGCCGGCGGGAGAAGGGGGAGAAGCACCGCAGCGACUCGGAGGAGGAGAAGUCCCACCGGCGGGCGAAGCGCAAGCGCCGCAAGGAGAAGGAGAAGAGGAGAUCCAAGAAAAAACGCAAAUCCAAGCACAAGCGGCACGCCUCGUCCAGCGACGACUUCUCCGACUACAGCGACGACUCGGAAUACAGCCCGGGGGAAAAGGGGCAUUCCAGGAAAUACCGGGAAUACAGCCCUCCUUAUUCUUCCCACCAGUAUCCCCAGUGCCACUCGCAGGGCCCCAAGAAGGGCUAUCCCAAGGAUCCCAAGGGCUCCUCCUACGGCUCCUACGAGGACUUCGAGGGGGAGGAUCUGGGGCCCUACGAGGGGGAGGAGGACGAGGAGCCCCCCAAGGACGACUACGACGACUUCGCCAAGGAGCUGGGGCAGUACAGGAGGGCCAAGGACGGGGCACACAGGGGCAGAGGGGGCCGAGGCCGAGGCCGUGGUUUCCGUGGCCGGGGGUCCCGGGGGGGUCUGCGUGGCCGGGCCGGGCUGAGGGGCCGCGGCCGCUCCCGAGGGGACAUCCCGGACGACGACGACGACGGAUACGACGACGACAUGGAGUUUUCCCAGUACUGUGACCCCGAGGAGGCUCCGGGCGACGACGACUACGACGAUUAUUCCAAGGAAUUGUCACAGUAACGGCGGAGCAAAGAGCGGGGGCGGGGUGAGCA